AUGGAGACGAAUGAUGGUGGGGAAGAACAGGAUGAUGUUGACGAGUGUGCCUCAUCACCAUGCCAACAUGGCAAGUGCAGGGAUAGAUUUAAUGCGUACAAGUGCCAUUGUGCGGCCGGCUAUACGGGAAUCCAUUGUGAAACAGAUAUGGACGAGUGUGAGAGCAGCCCGUGUCAGCAUGAGGGGACAUGUCGAGAUGCAGUCAAUGCCUAUACGUGCUUCUGUCACCUGGGCUACGAUGGUCUCAACUGCGAGAACAAAUGGCUAUCCCGAAGCACAUUUGAAAGCGCUCGUGGAACAACAUACACACGCUGGGGGAGACAAGACUGUCCUGACGGCACUGAGCAAGUAUACACGGGGUACUCGGCAGGAUCUUACUCUUCGCACAAAGGCGGUGGAGCUAACAUCCUCUGCCUUCACGGGGAACCCGUGUAUGGACGCAGCGCAUCCCACCAAUGGGGUUCUCCCAUCUACGGUGUCACGUAUCAUCUUUCUGGGCAAUCACAACCGUACACUGGAGCGUCACUGGAGGGUAAAACAGUUCCUUGCACUGUGUGUCUGGCCACGAACAGAAGCAGUACAGUUAUGAUCCCAGCCAGGAACGACUGUCCGGAAGAAUGGCAUCUCGAGUAUCAUGGCUACAUGAUGGGCUCACCAUACAACAGCGAUUUUCGUGGAGAAUAUCUAUGCUUUGAUGAUGCUGCUGAAGGGCUGGGCCCGUCCGGUACUCCAGGUCACCGCAUAUCCCCAGUACAAAUUGACCACCCCUAUGGUCUGCCUAGUGUCUACGUUGAUCCCAAGGAGAUUACCUGCUCCGUGUGCACUCGCUAGCCACCGCCUGCCCAUUGCCGCCAUUGCUUGCUACACUAAUUUUCAUGUGUGAUGGUCCAGAGACCAAACAUGUACAUGCACCCUAUCUUUGUUCACCUUUUCCAAGACUAACAUAACAAACCUUGUGCUGUUUUCAUGCUAUUCUUAUGCUCGUACCACCAUCCAUCUUGGAGCUGGUAGCUGCUUGGCAUGUACUAGUUAUCAAUGGUCUCUUCGGUGUACUUUGCAGGAAGUGCAUUUCGUCGAAACAAUCGAUGGCUUUACCUCCCAUUUACUUUAUUAGACAAGCCUAGGCCAUUUUCACUACAUCCAGCUCACAUGCGUUAGGACAACAUUGUCACUCAUCACAAGUGACGUCACUCACGUGAACACCCUCAGCUAGCUUCCUUUGCCCUUCUCUGUGCCUGGUGUUGUUGUUUGUUGUUUUCUUUAUUUUUGAAUUCGCUAAAACCAAACCGA